CUGACAUUUUCUUAAUGAGUAAUUUGCGAUGAGCAAUUCGCCCUUUGUCCGAGUUUAAACACCCCGUGACGACGUGCGCGUGAUACGGACCGUGACGUAGCCAAAGCUGCAUUAGCAGAGCGCGCGCGUGCCGGCUCACACCGUCGUAGCGGGUGUGACAAUGAAGAAGAUACUUAGGAAGUUUCGAGAUAAAGUUACGUUCAAAGACUUGCCGCCACCGUAUCGGGAAAAUGAGGAUGAAAUUAUUAAUCCCGAGAAUAACGAACAACAAAGUGUGGACGAACCAACAUGCGAAAUAAUAGAUUUGCUGGCAAAUUGCAAAAUAACGAACGAAGCUGACGACGACUAUUCAGAAGUUGAAUACGCCGAAAUACAGGAAAUGGGAACUUGGCAUUCCACACCGCUAGCACAUAGGCAUAAACCUAAAAUAUCCUUGACAUGGGUGCUCAAGGAUAAUAUUAAAAAAGUUGAAAAGAAAAGUGAUGACAAAAAGACUUUCAAUUACGCAGAAAGACCGAUAUCAAAAUAUGUUGAUAAAAAGUGUGUUCAAGAGAGAGUGGUAGGACGUAACGAAUAUUAUCACAAUAUGAGGUUUAAAAGCGCUUGCGAUGAAUUCAACGGAGAAGCCUCGUAUUCAGAUACUAGUGUAGGAUCAGACGAGUAUGUAAGAAGAAAACACAGACACAGACAUAGGAGAAGAAAGAAGAGCAGCAAGUUUGGUUAUGAUAUUCGAGAUCUCGACACUUUUUUGAGUGAGGCCUCUAUUGAUCGUCCAGGCAACAUUCCCGUAGUCAUAGCUUUCCCAACUACGCUUUAUCAGACUCAAAAAGGUCUUCAGCGCGAGCUUAUUCUGCCCUUAGGAACGGUCGUUAACGCUGUUUUCAAGAACCAACAGUGGGUCUAUGCACAGACGCCACAUGGGGACGAAGGCUAUGUGAUGUACAGCUCUUGCCUUCCUUUGGGAAUAUUACCAAAUAGGUCGUCGCUUCAAAAGAAAAUGCCAUGUUGGGAAAGCAGUACCGACAUAUACCCGCGACCUUGUGGCAAUCUCACAGAUAAUGAAAAAGAGCAACUCCGCAGCCGUACACGUUCGGAAAGCAGAUAUCGUCCUCGAAGACACAAAAUGUCUUGUGCCGAAAAAGAUUUCGACAGUUUAUAUCUCAAAACUAAAUCUGUAUCUUCGAAUAUUUAUAAGAUUCAAGACAAAGAGAAUUUUGACGGUAAAGAAAAGUGUGAAAGACAGACUUUAUUGGUCGCGAACAGUGAUUAUAAAGGUGAAACUUUAAAUAGGACUGUAUCUGUUAAAAAAGGGGAGGUAGUUGUUUUAAUGCAAAGUGGAGGUGAGACUGAUGUUGACUUAGAAUGGUUUUAUGUGAGAAAGAAGGAUGGUAAUCAGGGGUUUAUACCGGCUGCUGUCGCUGGCCAUGGUUAUAUUUAAGCAAUUUGUGUCUUACCAAUGAUGUCGUGUCUCUAGAUGUUAAAGUUAGACAUGCUCUAGACAUGUAAAUUCUAUCUCAAUA